CCCCCUUUGUUUGCCAGUACUUUAUUAUGUUUGCUUUCUUUUGUCAAAGUUCAUUCAUUUAUUGGAUGCCUUCUUUUGUUGUCUUUCAGAAUUUACGGGUUUUGUUUAUGUCAAUAAAUUCCUCCAGUUUCAGAAUCUUCUAUAAUUCUGUUCCAACUUCAACUGUUUUCCUAAACCCCAACACUCCACGAGCUUUCCUCCCAAAACCUCCAGGUAACAACUUUGAAGAAAGGUGUUCUUCACUUCUUCCAGUGAAUUCUUAAGGAAAUCAAAAACAAAAAAUUCUGUUGAAGACAACCUUAAAAAUGGCACUUUUGAGAUUCUUGACAGUGGUCUUGCUUGGUUUGAUGACAACUUCUUAUCUGGGUAGUGCUCAGGAGGAUCUGAAUCUUUAUGAGCAGACCAUCUUGUUAACAUUAAGAAAUGAGCUAGCAAUACCAGGAUGGAAUUUGAACGGCUCAGAUUUCUGCUCCUGGCAUGGCAUUGGCUGCAGCCAAUCAACUGUGAAAAAGCUUGUCCUUUCUGGCUUAUGGCUACAUAAAGGUAACCUCACUUUAAUAUCUGAGCUCAAAUCAUUGAACUGGCUUGACCUUUCUGCAAAUAAUUUCCAAGGCUCUAUCCCACCUGCAUUCGGUCAGCUUCUUCAUCUUCAAUUUCUUGAUUUGUCUUUUAAUAUCUUCAAGAAUUCAAUCCCUAAAGAAUUGGGGAGACUCCAAAACCUCAGGGCAUUGAACCUCUCACACAACUCCCUCUCGGGACCCAUACCCCAAGAAUUAGGGCAGCUUCAGGAGUUGGAAGAAUUAUUCAUAUCCAGCAACAGGUUGAAUGGGUCUAUCCCAAUAGGUUUAGGGAAUCUGACUAAACUGAAAGCAUUUUCAGCUUAUGAGAAUAAAUUCAGUGGCUUCAUUCCGGGAAAUUUAGGCCUAAACUCUGACCUAACCAUGCUGAUCCUCCAUACCAACCAGCUUGAAGGCGUAAUCCCAGAGAAUUUAUUCGCGAGGAAGAAACUGAAGUUUUUGGUCCUCACACAGAACAGGCUGAUUGGCUAUAUUCCACAAUCUAUAGGGAAUUGCAAAGGCCUUUGGAGUGUUAGAAUUGGGGAAAACCGGCUUAUGGGUACAGUUCCUAAAGAAAUUGGAAAUGUAAGAAACCUCGUUUACUUUGAAGCAAACAAUAACAACUUGUCAGGGGAGAUCGUCUCGGAGUUCUCCAUGUGCUCUAAUCUCACCCUCCUCAAUUUGGCUUCAAAUGGGCUUACAGGAACCAUCCCUCGAGAGUUUGGCCUACUAACCAAUCUCCAAGAGUUGAUUCUCUCCGGGAAUAGUCUUAUCGGCGAAAUCCCUUUGCCACUUCUUGAGGUGAAAAAUCUCAACAAACUUGAUUUAAGCAACAAUAAAUUCAAUGGAACUAUACCAAAAAACAUAUGCAGUGCUCCUGGAUUGCAGUAUCUACUCCUUGAGCACAAUUCAAUAGAAGGGGAGAUACCUAAUGAGAUCGGGAACUGCAUAAAGUUGCUUGAGUUGAGUUUGGCAAAAAAUCAGCUUAGCGGUCAAGUCCCUUGCGAGAUUGGUCAUUUGACGAAUUUGCAGAUUGGGUUAAACUUGAGCUAUAAUCAUCUCAGUGGGAAUUUACCACGGGAACUUGGUAAACUUAACCAGUUGGUUUCUAUGGAUGUGUCUAAUAAUCAGCUCUCCGGGAGAAUUCCAUUGUCAUUCAUUGGAAUGAUGAGUUUAAUAGACGUUAACUUCUCCAAUAACCAGUUCUUUGGACAAAUUCCGGCCUUUUUGCCAUUCCAAAAGAGCUUAAACACGAGCUUUCUUGGAAACAAUGGGCUAUGUGGUAACCCAUUGAACACCCGAUGUGGAAAUUUGAACCUUCACAAUAAUGUUCACCAUUACGCGAACACUUUGGCUGUCAUUGGUUCUGGUGUUGCGAUUAUCAUAUCUGUGAGUAUAGUCGUGGUUCAGUUUAUGGUGAGGGAGAAUCAAGAAAAGGCAGCCAAAGCUGUUGAGGAAAGAUUGCCUAUGAUGAUUGCAGGAAAUGUUUUUGUUGAAAAUCUAAGGGAAGGCUUUGAUUUUGAUGUAGUUGCGAAAGCGGCCAUGAAAGAUGGGAAUAUGCUUAGGGAAGGUACUUUUAGCACUGUCUAUAGGGCAGAAAUGCCAUCUGGGACUAUCUUAUCAGUUCGAAAGCUAAAAUCAGUGGACAGUAUAGUUCUGCAAUACCAAGGAAAGAUUGCCAGAGAAAUAGAAAAGUUAAGUAAGAAGCUAAGUCAUGAGAAUCUGAUGAGUUCUGUCGGGUUUGCAAUAUACGAAGACACUGUUCUUCUGCUCCAUCAGCACUUCCCAGAUGGGACUUUGGCGCAGUUUCUUCAUGAAUCUACCAAGAGACAGGAAUACAAGCCUGAUUGGCGAACGAGACUCUCCAUAGCCAUUGGAGUGGCUAAAGGGUUGGCUUUCCUUCACAGUAUGGCCAUCAUUCACCUUGACAUCUCUUCAAGCAAUGUGCUUUUGGAUUCCAAUUUCAAGCCUUUGGUUGCUGAGGUUGAAAUAUCUAGGAUUCUUGAUCCAUCAAAAGAGACUGCAAGCAUCACUGCUGUGGCUGGCUCCUUCGGUUACAUUCCACCAGAGUAUGCAUAUACAAUGCAGGUAACGCCUCCAGGGAACGUGUAUAGCUAUGGGGUUGUUCUGCUUGAGAUUCUUACUAGCAAAUUACCUAUUGAUGAAGCCUUCGGUGAAGGAACCGAUUUAGUAAAGAUGGUCCAUGGUGCACCUGAAAGAGGGGAAACACCCGAGCUGAUUCUUGAUUCCAGGCUUAGUACUGUUUCGUUCCGUUGGAGGAAUGAAAUGUUGUUGGCAUUAAAGGUUGCAUUACUUUGCACUGAUAGUACGCCAGCGAAACGACCCAGAAUGAAGAAGGUUGUUGAGAUGCUUCAACAAAUUUCAGAUGCUCCAAUCUAAUUAUCUGAAUCACAUAUUUCCAAGUUCUUAGCUUUGAAAGCUUCCGAUAGUUGUGAAGAUAGUAGUGACAUACAAUCUUGCAUUCCAAGUUUGUACAUUGUAUUCAAAAAGUAUUUGUUGAAGCAAUAGAGACGAGUAAUACAGUAUGAUGUAACAUACUAUAGAGGAAUGAGUUGUGGCCAA